CCUUUUCUUUCUUACAUAGAAAAACGCCACCCGAAGGCCGAAGAUAGUCGAAAAGUAGUAAACAGGAGAGAUAUCCAGAAGAGAGAAGAGAGGAGAAAAGGGCGCACAUUUCUUCGUGACGCCUCUUUUGCAGAUCUUGAGAACCAAUCUGUGAGUAGAAAAUAACCCUAAACUUUUGUCUGCUUUUUUCUUCGAAGAAGCUUUCUUGUUCGUUCAGGGAGAGCUACGACAUCGAUGAAGGGGUUGGAGUUGCUAGAUCCCUUCUUGAUGGCUUGAACGAUGAUUUAGCUCGUUUUCUGAGCUGGUUUUGAGCUUGUGAUGGUGAUUAAGCCCUACAGUUUCUUGUUCUGACAUGAUUUUCCACUGCCAGAGCUGAACCUUCGGUGCUUCAGAGUGGAUAUUGCUGGAUUUUUAUGAGAUUCGAAGUGCUUUUUGGGUCUGAGAUGCUGGAUCGGAUUCCUCAGAUAAUGAUUUAGUAGCAGAUAUGGACGACCGUGGUGGAUCAUUCGUAGCAGUGAGAAGGAUUUCGCAAGGGUUGGAGAGGGAGAGCGCUUGUCAUUCUACUUCAGGGUCUGCAGCAUGGCUUGGGAGAGGUCUUUCUUGUGUUUGUGCUCAGAGAAGGGACAGUGAUACUCGACCAUCGUUCGAUUUAACCCCUGCUCAGGAGGAGUGCUUGCAAAGGCUACAGAGCCGCAUAGAUGUUGCCUAUGAUAGUUCAAAUCCUGAGCACCAGGAAGCUUUGAGGUCAUUGUGGAAUGCUUCCUUUCCUGGAGAAGAACUUUGCGGUUUAAUAUCUGAGCAGUGGAAAGAAAUGGGAUGGCAAGGAAAAGAUCCAUCAACAGAUUUCAGAGGUGGUGGUUUCAUAUCACUAGAGAAUUUGCUGUUCUUUGCAAGGAACUAUCCAAAAUCCUUUCAGGAUCUUCUCCGAAAGCAGGAAGGUGAUCGGGCUAUGUGGGAGUACCCAUUUGCAGUUGCUGGUGUGAAUAUCACAUUCAUGCUCAUUCAGAUGCUUGAUCUCCAAGCAGUCAAACCGCGGACGGUGCUGGGGGCAAUUUUCUUGAAGUUACUUGUAGAAAAUGAGUCGGCGUUCGACCUUCUCUACUGCAUAACAUUCAAGCUAAUGGAUCAGCAAUGGCUUGCUAUGCGUGCAUCGUACAUGGAUUUCAAUACUGUGAUGAAAUCCACACGCCGGCAAUUGGAAAGGGAAUUCCUGCUUGAAGACAUCACACGAUUAGAAGAUAUGCCUUCAUACAGUCUCCUACGAUAACAUUUCAGUCCUAUUGACAACCAUGCAAAUCCCUUGAGGAAGCAAGAUGCUAUUCAUUGAUAAGUGCUUUCUCCCAAGUUAUCUUCUUUUAAUUUUCUUUUUCUUCCGCUUUUGUUUUUUGAUUAACAAGCCAUCUCAACGGUGGCUUCCAAGAUUUGGUGAUCUGCCCAAUUUGUUUGAGGCUGUCUGCCCAUUUGAAGAUUUCAACAAAGUUUGGAUCCAGUGUUCUAAGCUACCUCCGCUAAUCCAAGCGUGAGCACGUUCUAGGCACAUCCAGGAUACCCUUUUUCGCAAUGGGGGAAAACCUGGUUGCCAUUUGUGUAACUAUAGACAGGUACCUUGAUUUUAAAAAAUAGGUCAGUACUCAAAACAAAAGCUCAAUAUCUACGACUACUAGUACUAGCCCAACACGAAAAUGAAUUAAAUAAAUGCACUUAGAGCAUCAA